AUGGUGCAUUCCUACGGUUACAAGUGUGGCACCCGCCACCUCUUCGCGAAGAAGUUCCGCAAGCACGGGGUGCCGUCCGUGAGCACCCUGCUGACGAACUUCAAGGUCGGCGACUACGUCGACGUCGUGGCGGACUCCGCCGUGCGGGCCGGGAUGCCGCAUAAGUACUACCACGGCCGCACGGGCAUUGUCUGGAACGUCACCCCUCGUGGCGUUGGCGUGAUUGUCAACAAGCCAGUCCGAAACCGCACGAUUCGCAAGCGCAUCUGCGUGCGCUUUGAGCACGUGCGCAAGUCGCGCUGCCAGGAGGCCUUCAAGCAGAAGCAGAAGGACUUUGUGGCCUUCCAGGCAGCGAAGAAGGCUGGCAAGCCGCUCCCUCCCCCGAAGAAGAGCUCCCGCAACGGCGGCAUUGUUCGCCCGAAGAAUGUGGAGGUGCUGGCCCGCCGCACUGCCGAUUACGAGGCCAUGAUUCCGUACUAA